AAAGAAGAUCAAAAAUUAAAACCAAACAGCCAAAUCAAUGAGAAAGUAGAGAGAGAAACUCCGAAAGAAAAAAAUCUUUUAAAAAAAAUCUGUAAAAAAAAAAAUCAAAUAAACCCAAACACUGUGCUGUGUGCAGUGUUGCGAGUGUAAAAAGAAAAAAAAAAUCUCAGUUUGGGUCUGUCAGAGCUUUCUCUCUCUAGAAAGCUCCUCCCCAUUUGAUCGGAUUCUCAAUCUGUUAACUGCCGGAGAAAGCGUGUAACGGAAUAUUCUUGUUUUGUUCUUUCACGGUUUUUUCCGCGAAUUUCGGGAUGGACCGGUACGGUCGGUCCCAAGAGGGAACGCAGUCCGAUCCGUCACCGGAAUGGACUGCGUCCGGACCGGAAACUGGACUUGAAGAGGGUGGUUGGCAGCUGGGAUUAGGAGAUGGUGAAUCCGGGUACCCGGAGAGACCCGAAGAAGCUGAUUGUAUUUAUUAUUUGAGAACCGGUUUUUGUGGUUACGGGUCGAGGUGUCGGUUCAAUCAUCCUCGUGACCGUGGCGCGGUCUUGGGAGCUGCAAGAGCUGCUGCUGGAGAGUUUCCGGAGCGAGUUGGCCAGCCUGUAUGCCAGUAUUUUAUGAGGACAGGGACAUGCAAAUUUGGCGCUUCCUGCAAGUACCACCACCCUAAACAAGGUGGAGGUUCGGUUAAUCCCGUGCCACUAAAUUACUAUGGAUACCCAUUACGCCCGGGCGAAAGAGAAUGUACAUACUAUGUAAAGACUGGGCAAUGUAAAUUUGGCGCAACUUGUAAAUUCCACCAUCCGCAGCCUGCGAAUUUGCAAAUGCAAGCCCAGUCACCAGCUCCGCACGUUGCACCUUUACCUCCUCCUGUACAUGCUCCUGCAUUAUAUCCCACUGUGCAGUCUUCAUCUGUUCCUUCUACUCAACAGUAUGGAUUAGUAGUUGCGAGGCCUCCUCUGCUGCCAGGGUCUUACGUACAGGGUCCUUAUGGUCCAAUGAUGGUUUCCCCUGGUGUACUUCCAUAUCCAAGUUGGAGUCACUACCCAGCACCUGGAAGCCCAGUUGCAUCUCCUAGUACUCAGCAGGGGAUUGGAUCAGGUUUAUAUGGGUUAACACAGUUAUCUCCUUCAGCACCUGCUUACACAGGAGCUUAUCAACCCAUUCCUAUUUCAGUUGGUCCAUCAGGUAGCAGCGACUCAUCAUUUCCAGAAAGGCCUGGUCAACCGGAAUGCCAAUAUUACUUGAAAACUGGCGAGUGUAAAUUUGGAUCAUCGUGUAGAUAUCAUCAUCCGCCAGAAUUGAUAUCACCCAAAACAAAUAUCAUUCUCAGCCCAAUGGGCCUCCCUUUACGUCCGGGUGCACCUCCAUGUACUCACUAUACGCAACGGGGACAGUGCAAAUUUGGACCUGCUUGCAAAUUUGAUCAUCCAAUGGGAACAUUGAGUUACAGUCCAUCUGCAUCUUCCCUUUCAGAUAUGCCUGUUGCACCUUACCCUGUGGGCUCUUCAAUGGGUACUCUAGCCCCAUCAUCCUCGUCUUCUGAAUUACGGCCUGAACUCAAUUCAGGGUUGAGCAAGGACUUCGGUUCAACCAGGAUGUCUUCAUCAAUGAACACGUCUAGUAGAUUGGUGGGCUCGGUAUUCUCAAGGAGUGGUACUCUCCCCCAUACUGAUAUGCAACAGUCUAGCCAGAGUUCUGGCCCGUCAACCGGCAGCAGUAGUGGCGCCCAGUAGCACAGAGGCUCGCUCGCGGCACCUCAAACUACUUUUUGAUCAUAUUCAAGAGAAGUACAACUUUUCCCUUCUCUUUUAUUUUAUUCUCUUUUUCAGUCUCUCAAAUAGGAGGCUUCGAUUCCUCAAUUACAAUGGUUCCACGAUUCAGUUCUAGAACUCGUUAGGUCCGAUAAUUUGUGUUCAUAUUCAGCCAUAUCAUUUAUCCCUUGAAUAAGAAAUGGCAACCACCAAAAUGUUCAGCAAUCCCCGGAUAGCCUUCCACCUUUAUAUCUUAUAAUAACCAAACAAAAUUCUGCAGCUCCCUUGGGCAAUUCUACACCUGUACCAAAUGUCUCUGGUUUCAGGAUCAUGUCCGUGUUUAUUUAUGCUCCACGUACCCGUCAUCGAAAAUACCAGUCCCAUCUGUCGCCUCCGUCUCUGUUUAUGUUCUUUAUAGUUGGGAACAGGUUUCCGAAAUGUUGUUGUUCCCCCUCUUUUUUGUCUGGGGUUAAUUGUGAAAAGAAGAAAAAGAAAAAGCAAUUACAGAAGACUCAAAAAGGAGGCAUUUAAAUGCUGCCUUAUAUGUGAUUAGGUACAUAGUUAUGUUGUGACAAUUGAAUUGUCAUUGAUACUCUUUUAUUAUGAAAUACAAUUAUAUGAAGAAUUACUCCUUA